AGUGGAAAAAUAAAAAAAAAGCAUUGAAAAUGCAGUCCACCGCCUCGAUUGCUCCAUGGCACGUCUGCCACCGUCCCGUCCCUAAACGUUGUCACUUUCACCAACUCCACCUCUCAAGCAAGGGAAAAAUUCCUUCUUCUUCACCUAAUAACCAGACCCGCUUCACAAACAACCAUUUUCCCACUCUCACUGCAACAAGCAGCUGCAGCAAGGACCAAGAAAGGGGGAAAAAGAAACAGAAAGGCGAUUCAAAGCCAAAUCGCAGUUGGUCGUUUUCAGAAGAGUUGUCCUCUUCAGGCGACGAUGACAGUCACGUAAACCAAACCCAGAAAAGGCAAACCGUGGAUCGCGAAGAGGAAUCAAAGAUUGAGGGCACGGGCCGUAGGAUCAUUUCAUCGAACAUGUGGUGGGUGGACCUGAAAGCGGCAUUGGGACAGAGAAUUAACUUCGAAGGUAUCGUUAACUCAGUGGUGGUGGUUGCAAGAGACAGGCACUUGGCGCUGCCGCAUGUUGCGGUGCCGGAUAUACGGUACAUUGAUUGGGCCGAGUUGAAGAGCAAGGGUUUCCGAGGCGUUGUCUUCGACAAGGACAACACUAUUACUGUUCCAUACUCUUUGAGAUUGUGGGGGCCUCUUCGUUCCUCUAUGGAACAAUGUAAAUCGGUGUUUGGUAACGAUAUCGCCGUAUUCAGCAACUCUGCUGGACUAUAUGAGUUUGAUCAUGAUGGGAGGAAAGCUAGAGCUCUGGAGCGUUCAAUAGGCAUUAAAGUAAUAAGGCAUGGGGUAAAGAAGCCAGCUGGAACAGCUGAAGAAAUUGAGAAGCAUUUUGGCUGUGAAUCAUCGCAACUUAUUAUGGUUGGUGAUCGGCCCUUCACGGACAUUGUGUAUGGGAACCGAAAUGAUUUUUUGACUAUUUUGACUGAACCUCUGAGUCUUGCUGAGGAGCCUUUCAUUGUCAAACAGGUGAGGAAACUAGAAGUUGCUCUUGUGAAGCGAUGGUCUAGGAGAGGAUUGAAGCCAGUAAGUCAUGGACUCCUCCCAAAUGCUCUGCUCUGUGUCAAAGAUCCAACUUCUUUGUAAGAAAUUAAGUAAAAUUAUGUCUCCUUUUUUAGCUCUCUGUUCGUUCACCUUGUUUUUUAUGCCAUUAAUUUAUUUAUGAUUCACUUCUGAAAAUGACCAAUUAAGGUCACGUUUGGUUGGAUGAAUCAGAAGAGCUGAUAGAAUGGGAAUAGAAAUGAAAAUACUUUUGGUUGGUUGGUUGGUACUAACAUUCUAAUCCAUUCCAUGA